AUGAAGCCCGCCACCCUCCUCCUGCUUACACCUUUCCUGUCCGCCCUCGCAGCUCCCGCAGGCUCCGUCGGCAAUGUAGCUGUUGCGCGCCAGUCCCAGGACGACAUCUUGAACUACCGCCGUCAAUCCCAGGACGACGUCUUGAAUUACCGCCGCGGUGGCCAGGACGACGCCAACGUCUCCAAGAGGCAAUCCCCAGAUGACAUCUCGAGAAACUACCGCCGCGAUGCUGUUGCGCGCCAAUCCCAGGACGAUAUCCUAAACUACCGCCGCGACGCCCAGGACGACGUGAAGGCUUCCAAGAGGCAGUCUCCAGACGACAUCUCGAGAAACUACCGCCGACAGUCCCCAGAUGAUAUCUCGAGAAACUAUCGCCGAGAGUCCCAGGACGAUAUCUUGAACUACUAA